CUGGAAACAACUCAGACGCGUUCCAUUUGAAUAUAAAUAUAGUAGCUUUGCCUAUUCUACAGCUUAUCACUGAACCCGGUUAACUUUACGGUGUCACUGCCAGCGGCUCCUUACCGCAGCCAUGGGGUCAAGGAUCUAUGUCGGAAACUUGCCGGCUGACAUUGCUGAGCGGGACGUGCGUGAUGAAUUUGAACGGUUUGGCCGUGUGAGGACCAUCUGGGUAGCUCGGAAACCACCAGGUUUCGCUUUCCUUGAAAUGGAGGAUGACCGGGACGCUUCUGACGCUGUUCGCAAGCUGGACGGGUUCCAAGGAUGGCGAGUUGAGUUCAGCCGCCGUGCUGACCGUGGCCCUCCCCCUCGCGGCGGCAUGGGUGGCCCCAUGGGACGUGAGCUUCGCUGCUACGAGUGCGGCGAGGUCGGCCACAUUGCGCGCGAUUGCCGGAGCAUGCGCGGCGGUGGUGGCGGUGGUGGCAUGGGCCCCCGUGGCGGCAUGCCGCCUCCCCGCGGCAGGAGCCGCAGCCGCAGCCCCGUGCGGCGCAGCCGGAGCCCUGCGUACGAGCGCCGGCGGUCUCCCAGCCCGCCGAGGCGCCGGGACGAGGGCGGCCGCGAGGGCGGCCGCGAGCGCGACCGCAGCCGGAGCCGUGACCGCGAUUAAGACAUCGGGCUCCUGCAGGACGCGACAUGGGGCACAUGGCGUCUAGGGGUUGUUGCUGUUUCGAUGUUGGCAGCGUGCGUAUACAAUGUCUGCAUGUUGGCAGUUUGACUUCGGCGUUCGUAGUAAUGGCUCUGUGGGUCUCCUUUAGGGCGUUUGUGGGACUGAGUUUCGGGUACUCGACGUGUUUUCGGGGUUUCUGGAACCUCGGCGGUGACAUUCACUGAUAACACAGGGGAACGUUUGCACGGGACGUUUGGCCCUUGUCUGCCUUGUUGCAUGAAUGGUUUGGCUCAUGCUAAGGAUAGCAGUUGUCAGGUCGGGGUUGGGAAGAUGACUUCUUAAUGAAGGCGUUUACUUCUUCCCCUGCUUUUACUGAGCAGUGCAUGCACCUGCGGCCCUUCUGUCCACAGGAAUUUCCUGCAUGUCUGCUUCUAAAGGGGUCCACUCCUGUCCUCCUCGUCUGUUACCGUCCCCGCGCCUCUGCCGCGUCUGCUUCGUUGGCUUCUGUGGAUUGCUGUGCCUCACCGCGACUGCUGCACCUGCCCUUCAUUGCGCCUUCUGGGCUUCCGACACGCGUGCAACUCACCCACCUAUCGUCGCCGUUAUGUGUUCUGGCUUCCUGCACCGGGCUUCGCUUCAUGUGAUGGCUAAAGGGCUGAUGUAGUCCGUGGGCAACUGCUUUCCUGCGCCUCGCAGCUCACCCUCUUUGUGGUGGUCACGUCCAGGUAAGGAAAGCUGUUGGGGUGCUUGCUUGUGGCUAGCUUCGUGGUUACGACCUGAUGGCUGUGUGAGGUACAUGGUGUAGCCGAAGAACCCUGGCCUUCUCUUGGGACGUUAUGUGUAUCUGCUCUGCGGCACUGUGGUGGCAGGCAGGUGCUCGUUGGAAAUUGUAAACCUGGUGGAAGGA